GUAUCAAACUUCUUCCUUGCCGACUGGGCACCGUUGACGGUCCCUGGAUCUACGACAACAACUCCCACACGCUGAUGCACAAGGUGUACAAAAAGUGCAUGGCAUUGCACCCUCAGACUUCCCACCUAUCACUGAUGCCCUGUGAUAUCAACAACGCAUAUCAGAACUGGUUGUUCCGCGAAAUCAAGCCGAAAGCCUAG